AUGUGUUGAAGUACCACCUGCAAAAUCUUUUUCAAAAUUUGUAAAUAUAACGGAUUUAUAAAUAUAUUAGUAUCGACACAUUUUGUAUUAAUAAAAUUUACCUUAAAUGAUUAUUAUUGUUAAAAGUCGUCAUUCAGCUUUAACGUAAACAAAGAUUGUACCUUUUGCUACUAACCUAGAAAUUCGCAAUGUCAGUUGAAGAAGAAUUUGAACUAAGAGAUUUGGUGGCUCAGACCUUAGAAACUAACGGAUGUCUUGCUAAAAUUAAGGCACAACUACGAGCCAGUAUUUUUCUUGCCUUGGAUGAAGAUGUAGAGAUAAGCAAACAACAGCCUUUACUGAAUAAUAAACUUAAAAUCCACUUGGAGGCUGAAGAGGGAAAAGUGAUGUUUUGUGUUGUGCGUGAGUUUUUAGAGUUUUUUAACUUGUAUUUCACUUUGUCAGUGUUUGAUCCCGAGUCUUACAUGGGAAAUGGCUAUAAAUAUGAAGGUCGAGAGAAGGUAGCCAAAGACUUGGGUUUAGAUAAUGCUGACGAUACUAAAGUUCCUCUUUUAAUGCAACUUAUUAAAAUUGCUCGAGCAAAAACAAAAACCUUAGAAAUAAAUUUAAAUGUGAAUAAGGAUGAUUUAGAAGAAAAUAGGUCAAUACAUGAUAACUCAACAAGUAAUUUGACCAAGACUGAUUCCAAUAAUGUACCUUUGGACGAGACAAUUACAAUUCUGGAUAGUGAUAAAAUACUAAUAGAAAAUUGUAAUUCAGUUCCAGAAAAAUUAAAUAUUACAUUUGAUUUAAGCAGUCCUACUGUAAAUUUUAAUAUUGUAAAUAAUCCUGAAAAUAUGAAAACACAGACGGCUCAAAUAGAUGUAGAUUCGAAGCAUCAAAUUUUAGAAAAUACUUUUAACAAAAAGGAAGAGAAGGAUGAUGAUACUUAUGGUGAUACUAGCUCUAUAGCAGAAGAUAGUAUUUCCCUUGUUAAUUCAGAGAAUGUUACAGUUCCUCAGAUAACUGUAAAUGGUUUAGGGGACAGUACUUUAAUAAGUGAAUUUGUAAAUGAUGUGGAAAUUUUCCAACCGAUAUUGAAAGAAUGUAAAACAUUGGAUAAACCUAAAGUAUCUCCACAAAAACCUGAUAAAUUGAAAUCAAAAAAUAGUUUAAGCACUUUAUCGGAUCUUCCGCCUUUACAAGUGAACAAAUCCCGUGUUAAUGAUAUACUACCUUCAUUGUAUAGUAAGGAAUUUAAAGAUAAGUCAAAUUUACGUGAGCUCGAUAAGCUGUUUGAUAUGGAAGCCGAAUAUGAAGAAGAUUUUAUCUGUAGUGGUGAUGAUUUGUCUUUAAAAUCUGAGUAUAUGAAAUCCGAUCAUACAAAAUCUAACCCAUUGGAUGAUCUACAUCAAUCUAACAAAUCAACGAGUUCCGAUAAAUCCAUUUCAAGUAAAAGAGAUUUAAAACAAAAAGUUCCUAACAGAAUUAUAUCUGAUUGUAAUAAACAGAUGUUUAAAGCUCUGGUCAGUAGUUCGAAAACAAAAGACACAUUUAAGAAUACGGAUACUGCAAGUAAGAGUGAAGUUGGCAGCAAUACUGUUAAUGAGAGUUUGGACAUUAAUAAUUCUGUUUAGCAAAAAAUAUAUAUAUUUAAGACAAUGGCAGCUGUACUUAUUUUAUACAAUCAUAGAUUAAAUGACAAUAAAUUGCACACUUUCUGUUCAUGUAUAAAAUGAAUAGUUUGUUAAAAUAGAUACGUCGUUAAUUUUUUUAUAAAUUUGGGCGAUGCCUUCUUUUACCUUAGAAUUUACUAAUUGUCAAAGCUUUACUACUUUAUUCAUGAAAGUAUAUUUGCGAAGUACAAAUUUGUCCCUAUAAAAGACUUGAUCUUAAUGGCAAUAUAACUUCAAAUAUGUUUAUUAAAAUUUAUUACUACCUAACUUUUGUAUUUUUAAAUAUUUUUUAACAUUAGUUCAUUUUUUGCCAUUCAAAACUUUAAUAACUCGACAGACCUUAAAGGUCUAGCUCUAUUUAAGAAAUAUUUGUGUGGAAUUAUUAAAGAACAAGUUUUAUGUUUUUAAAUGGAGUGGACAGACAAUAACUGUUCCUAGGUGUAAUUUUAUAGAUCAGAGUUGUAAAAAUGCAAGAAGUCUUAUUCUUUUUUUUAUUUUUAAAGUACCUACAUCAUUAUUAUUACUCAAUAAGUACUUUCAUAUGUACACAAUAAAACUAUUUUUUACAUUUACAGGAAAAGUGCCAUAGUUGUAAGAGAACAGCGAUUUUCUGAACAAAUUAAAAUGGUUGUUCAGAUUUGUACUGUUACUUCUUUAAGCCUAAUAAUUUUUUACAUUCCUCGGUAUAUUGAGAGUACUUAAUCAUAGAUGUUAGUUUAUUUUUAUUUGUUUUAUACUUAAUUUAUGUACAUUAAAACUUGUGCCUUAAAUUUGUGAUUUUUGUUUCAUAAUUUUAAUAAACA